UUGGGUAAGGGAAAUAACUACUACUCAAACCCACGCUCAGCUUACAGCUUGAAUAAGGCUCCAUGUUUUAGAGAAACCAAGAUGGCGCUCUCCUUCAGCGAGAAAUAAGGUGACCUGAACCUGUCGAGAAAAUGCGGCUUCAGCUGACUCAAACACAAAACCCUUGAACACCGACAUGGCGAAACAGAGUAUUUAUCCAGCAGUUGUUCUCUUUGCGUCCUUUACAACGAUGCUCUGUGGACCAAGCAUCGUGUUUGCAAGCGGAGUAAUCCACGUAGCUUUGCUCGAAAGAUUCCAGGAGGAUGUGACGAUAACAGCAUGGGUUGGAUCUCUCUUUUCCUGCAUGUUUGCUCUCACAGGACCGAUUGCCAGCAUGGUCAUCAAUGUGUUUGACUGCAGAACGUGUGUCGUGAUUUCUGGUGUCUUGAUGAUGGUUGGGUUCUCAGCCAGCUGUUUUGUGACUGAAAUAAGGACAUUGUUCGUAACCUAUUCCUUAAUUGCAGGUCUUGGCACAGGUUUGGCACAAACUGGAAGUUUCGUCAUUAUUGGCUUUUACUUCCCUGUAAAAUCAGGUCUGGUUACGGGAAUAUCUAUUUCAGGAAUUGGACUUGGGAUUUUCAUACACCCCCCACUCUUGCAGUUUUUGACCGAAACAUAUGGAGUCCACGGAGCCUUCCUUAUCACUGGAGGAAUAACACUUCAUGUAUGCAUUGCCGGAAUGCUUAUGCGUCCGUCUGACAUAGAGCGCAAGAGAAAGCAUCGUGUCGGAAAGGAACAACCCGCAAAGAGAAAUAUGACAUCAAUAUGUCGGGAUGAAACGAGUGUCUACCAUGUUAUAAGUAAUGUUUCAUUUUUAUUCUUUUUAUGCAGUCUUGUGUGCUUUUCAAUUGCUAUAGCAACAGAAUAUCUCUUUCUUCCGGACUUCUUCAUAAAACAUGGGUCAACAUUCCAGGAGGGGGCCUUUGUUAUAUCAACUUCAGGCCUGGGAAGUAUUGUCUCUCGGAUUCUAAUUGGAUUUGCUCUGAACGACGAAAAGAUUGCAAGUGCCACAAUGUAUUCCUCUCUGAAUGGUAUAAUAGCAAUUUUUACCUUCAUGCUGCCACUGUUCAACACAUCCUCAUUUCUGAGAAUACUUUAUGGCUUCAUUCUUGGAUUGUAUAGCGGAGGAAUAUGGGUUCUCCUCAACACUCUAACACUUGAAUUUCUUGGCAUUCAAGACUUCGCCACUGGUGUGGGUGCAGCUUUAUUUUCCUGUGGAGUCGGCUAUCUUACAGGUCCUCCUAUUGCGGGAGCCAUAGUAGAAGCAAGCGGAUCGUACUACAGCGUUUUUCUCCUUUCUGGUGCCAUGUUUUUCUCGGCCACGGUCUUAGGAUUUCUGUCAACUCUCAGCAAGAAGACACAACCGCGAACAAAGGACUCCCAUGUAAAGGUGACAGUACCUCUCAAUAAAUGUGAUACUGAAGUGGAAUUACUACAACCAUCAAAACCUAUGAUUGAAAUGAAACAAACAUCCAGCGAGUAUUGUGAUGACAAACCAUCUGCAGCAGCAGCAGAAGCUGUACUGAUGCCAGCAACUGAAUCAAAGGAAAACUGUGGGGAUGAUUGUACUGAAGUGGGUAACAAAAGCAUUGGUACAAACAACUGAAAGAGAAAAGUCAAGGCUGUGUUGUGAACAUAUUGAAGGAUAUAACAUAGAGGAAUGUAUUUUAUUUUGAUCAUGAAGAUCAGUACCCUGAAACGGGUAACAGACGUGUUUCAUUGAGGAGAAAGUAUGUUAUUUUGAUCAUGUUGAUGUGAACUCAUGACCAUUUAUUGAAGCGGGUAACAUAAAUAUGUCGUUAUUUUCAU